GUAAACGAGUUGGCUCCACACAAAAAUCUCAAGUUGUCCCCGCCCCGCAAUUGGAAAAUUCAAAUGUAUUUUAUGUUUUUGAAGAAUUUUUAUUUGUAUUUAGUUGAUUGAUCAUGAAAUAAUAUUUAAAAUCAAAUAGUUUGUAGUGUUAAUUAAUAUUUAGCUUAGUUAUUAGUUAAUAAGAUGAGAAUUAGAUAAGGUAAAGUGGAGUAGUUUUGACAAUACACAAUAGUUAAGAAGACAAGAAGAGCUAUACACGAGGUUGAUAAGGUUUUAUCGAAAUGGAGAACGGGCUCAAACCGUCUUUCGAUGAAAAAGAAUCAAAGAAGACUGAAAAAGACGUUGCUUCGCUGAACGAAUGCAAUGAAAAUGGAUGUAACGCACAUAAAAUUGGCGAAACAGCUUUUGCCCCUGACGAGGACGUUCCCAUGCAUGAUGUUACCUAUAGUCCAGCAAGUCCAGAUCCUCCAAAUGGUGUAAAAGGGACCAAGAGAGAUGUUGUAUUGGGCGGAAAUCAUGCCAAAUUGGACGAAGAUGUACUUGUGCAUAGAUCAAAUGAUCCAGCAUGGGAAGCAGAGCGCAAUCAUUAUAAGAAAAUUGUGAACACGUUUCGAACCUAUGGGAACCACAUUUAUAAGAAACUCGGCGGAACUAGGAAUUACUUAAAAUCACUCCCUACAGAGCACCAACGCCUCCUCACCAAUUACCGGAAACAUUUGCACGAUAUAAAACGCUGCGUGGAAGAAAACCAAAAUCUUUGCAUUUUAAUGACGUUAGAAGAAUCACAUUUAUUUGAAAAUCAACACGAAGUCUAUCCCACAAAGAAAAUGAAACAAGCUCCACCUGAGCCGACAAACUAUGAUUAUGAAAAAGUACAAGCCAUCUUCAAACAAAUUGUAAGGGAUUGGUCGAAUGACGGGCAAGAGGAAAGAGAUACUUGUUACAAACCAAUCAUUGAAGAAGUUGAACGCGAAUUUCAGAAGACAAAGAAUGAGGAUGGGAUCAGCCCUAUAAAGAUUUUAGUCCCAGGUGCCGGAUUAGGGAGACUCGCACAUGAACUGGUUUGCAGAGGAUAUGUUGUCGAAGGAAACGAGUUCAGUUUGUUCAUGUUGUUUGCGUCGAAUUUCCUGCUAAAUAAAUGUUUCGAAGAAGAGCAAUACAAAUGCUUCCCGUGGGUUCAUCAAACUACAAACGUCCUUAAUCGAGACGACCAAAUCCGCGCUGUCUUAUUUCCCGACAUUCGCCCUUGUGACCUUCCUCCAGACUCCAAGUUCUCAAUGACUGGUGGCGAUUUUCUUGAAGUAUAUGGCACCAUGUCACAAAAAGAGAACUGGGACUGCCUCGCAACCUGUUUUUUCAUUGACUGUGCCAACAAUAUCGUCGCAUAUCUGGAGAGGAUAUACUACUGCUUAAAAUUAGGUGGAAUUUGGGUAAAUAUGGGUCCACUUUUAUACCAUUAUGCCGACCUGUCAGAGGAAAAGUCGAUUGAACCAUCGUACGAUAUUUUGAGGGAAAUAAUACAGAGCAUGGGAUUCAUCAUUGAGAAAGAGGAGACGAAUCGACCCACACUGUAUGCUGACAAUAGCAAAUCCAUGCUCUCAUACACUUACAACAGCGUGUUUCUUGUCUGCAGAAAGGGCCUCCCUCCAGCUCGAGUGCCUAGUAGUCCUUGCAAGUCUGUGACCUCAAGUCCCACGAAAUCUAAGCCAACCACCACCACCGAAGAUAAUAAGAGUUGAUGUCGUCAACAUCAUCAUAUUAUCAACCUAAAAACUAGUGUUAUAUUUUGACAUCUCAUCAUCCUAAUCAUGAUAAUUGCGUAGCUUAUGACGAAAGUAUUUUAAUAAUUUUAAUUUCAAUUUCCUGCUAAAUUUAAUAUGACUUGACUUCCUUUUAACUUUUUAACAUUAUUGACAACUAUGCAAAGUCAUAUCGUGAUUACUGUGCAUGAUGGUGCACCAUUUUUGAUGUUAAGUUCUAUGUAUGUAUGUAAGUUGCCAAUUCCAGUAUUCACUCCCUUGUUAAAGUCCAAUAGUCAAAUUAUACAAAAAGUUGCAUGAUAUUUACUACUCUGCAUUGAAAAUGUAAUGUACUAAAUUCUAUAAAAAAUUGGAGCGAAUAAUAAUAAUAAUAAAUAAAGAAAUUAUCAACUACA